CUACUUCCAACUGGAAUGACUUGCAACUUGCAUGAGAUCAAAAUUGUUUCUUGUCUCUCUGCAAAUUUAAACUUAUUGGUUAGAUUUUUCUUUAAUUAAUUGACAUUUUAGCUGUUAUUAAGUUUAAUUAUGGGCUCAGCAAGAUAUGACCGAGCUAUCACCGUCUUUUCACCCGAUGGUCAUCUUUUUCAAGUCGAAUAUGCCCAAGAAGCUGUGAAAAAAGGUUCAACAGCGGUUGGUGUCAGAGGCGACAACGUUGUUGUGCUUGCGGUAGAGAAGAAAUCUGUUGCUAAACUCCAGGAAGAAAGAACUGUUCGUAAAAUAUGUCUGAUAGACAGCCAUUGUGUUAUGGCAUUUGCCGGUUUAACUGCAGAUGCCAGAAUUUUAAUAGAUCGAGCGAGGAUUGAAUGUCAAUCUCACAAAUUGACUGUUGAAGAUCCGGUGACCAUUGAAUACAUCACUCGUUUCAUUGCUCAGCUUAAACAAAAGUAUACCCAAUCUAAUGGUCGUCGACCUUUUGGUAUAUCAUGUUUAAUUGCUGGUUUCGAUGAUGAUGGCUCUCCUCGUUUGUUCCAAACAGACCCGUCUGGUGUUUAUCAUGAAUGGAAAGCUAACGCAACUGGUAGAAAUGGAAAAACUGUGAAAGAAUAUCUGGAAAAAAAUUAUAGUAAAGAAAUUUCUGCUGAUGAUGAUAAAACAAUCAAGUUGGCCUUACGUGCUCUUAUGGAAGUUGUUCAAGGUAAAAAUUUGGAAGUGGCCAUUCUAAGGCGAAAUCAACCCCUCAUGACCCUAGAUGAGGAAACUCUUAAUAAAUACAUUGUUGAAAUCGAUAAAGAAAAGGCCGAAGAGGUUGAAAGCAAAAAGAAGAUAAAGAAAUGAUUUUGUAAAUUACUUAAAUGAGAAAAUUUUCUUAAUAAAAGCUGACUUGGUCAUAUGUAAUCUUAUA